GUUAGCUUUCCAUUGCAGCAAUCAGCUCCUAGCAUGAAUGCUAAAUGUGUAAACCUGGCUAAUUGUCACUUUUAAACUUCUUUUUCGGCUGAAAUUGCGGUUAUUUCGCUUUCUGCUAUGAGAACUCCGAGGAACUGCGAUACCUCCUGAGUCUACAAGCAUUUUCUGAGAAUUUAUUGAUCAUUUUUUGGCGUGAACAUCACCUCUGCCUGGGGGAAACAUAAUUGGCUAGCAGCUUUUGUUCUUUCUGAGCCGUUAGCUCCAGACGGAUGGAUCCUCUGGGUGCUCGCUCCCAGUUUGUGGACGUCCAGACUCUCCCCACAUGGCAGCAGCAGCUGGGUGAGGAUGGAGAGGAAGCGCCUCCUCAGGACGUCAGCGACGGUCCGCCGGGCCAGCAGAGCUUCCCCUCACCGUUCCCCUGCAGACCCGACAUCAACCGCAAGAUCAUCCUGUUCACCGGGGAUGUCGCUCUGCUAAACUGCACCGCCAUCGUGAACACCAGCAACGAGUCGCUGACGGACAAGAACCCGGUUUCUGACAGCAUCCACCAGCUGGCCGGACCGGAGCUGAGAGACGAGCUGCUCAAACUCAAAGGAUGUCGGACCGGCGAGGCGAAGCUGACCAAAGGCUUUAACCUGGCAGCGAGGUUCAUCAUCCACACGGUGGGACCCAAGUUCAAAACCAAGUACAGGACGGCAGCAGAGAGUUCAUUAUACAGCUGCUACAGAAACAUCAUGCAGCUGGCAGCAGAGCAGUCGAUGUCGUCGGUUGGCCUCUGCGUCGUCAGUACGACUAAAAGAGGCUAUCCACUGGUGGACGCAACACACAUCGCUUUCAGAACAGUGCGCAGGUUCCUGGAGAAUCACGGAAACCGCAUUGAGACGGUGGUUUUCGCCGUGUCGGACGCAGAGGAGCCUGUGUUCAAGAAGUUGCUGCCUCUCUAUUAUCCUCGCUCUGAGGACGAGGAGAAGACCUUCCUGCCUCUUAUUCCGGCUGACAUCGGGAACUCCGAGGGUGAACCUGUCGUCCCGGAGAGACAGAUCCGCAUCGCUGAGAAACCCGGAACCCUGGAAGAUGACUGCGAGGAGGAGAACCUGGAUUUGGAUCUGGGUCAAGUGGGGAAUCAUGCCUUCGCUCGGAUGGAGGGCGACGUGGACAAACAGAGGAAACUGAUCUUACAGGGCCAGAUGUCAGAGGCAGCCAUGCAGAAACAGCACCAGAGAAACUACAGUCGCUGGUUGUGUCGAGCGAGAGCAGAAGAUCUGUCAGACAUCGCUGCACUGAAAGCCUUAUACCAAACCGGUGUGGACAUGUGUGGACGGACAGUGAUGGUCGUGGUUGGACGAAACAUCCCAGUGACCCUCAUCGACAUUGAAAAGGCCCUGCUGUACUUCAUCCACGUCAUGGACCACAUCACGGUGAAGGAGUACGUGAUGGUUUAUUUCCACACUCUGACCGGAGAACACAACCAUCUGGACUCCGACUUCCUCAAGCACCUUUACGACAUCGUGGACGCCAAGUUUAAGAAGAAUCUGAAGGCCUUCUAUUUUGUCCAUCCAACAUUUCGCUCCAAGGUCUCAACAUGGUUCUUCACCACCUUCAGUGUUUCUGGCUUGAAGGACAAAGUUCGCUACCUGGACAACCUGCAGCAACUCUUCACCUGCAUCAGACCUGAGCAGAUCGACAUCCCUCCGUUUGUGCUGGAGUAUGACGCACGAGUGAAUGGACCCUACCAUCCAUCAGAGGCCUCCAAUCUGUGACAUCCAACCGGUCGGACCUUUAACUGGCGUCUGGCCUGAACUCUUAACCUCCUCUUUAAAGAACCACCAUGAGGGAAACUCUCUUUUUGUUCCAUCAAAAAAAAGGACCAAAUGAAGAGUUCGGGGCCACAUUUAGACCAGCGUGACUAUAUGUGGAUCUGCUCUGGUUUCUGGAUUAUGCCUUACAGUUUCCUGAAGCAUCGCCUGAGGGUUUUCCAGAAUGUGGGUCAGACUUUGGGGAUUAUGACGUCUGUCUGGGUUUCCACGCUCUUUAAAUUCUGCAGCAGAGACUCUGAAGCGAAGCUUAACGACGGGUUUCAGCCUUCCGGAAGUUGGAAAUUCCCAUCUGGUAGGCUGUAAUAAUGGCGUCUGUGUUCUCUUGCGGUCGCAACACCAGAAGAACAACAUUAGCUUCUGUGGGAUUUUCCUCGACAGACUAAAACGCUGCUGCUCAGCUAGCUAGCUACGUACCAUAACAUUAACUUCACAUCAUCUAUUCAGUAGUUUAGAUGAGAAGAUCAACACGUCUCUGUCAAGAUUCCAGUCUUUUGUCUUUUCUGUAACAUAAUUAAAGAAAUUUAACUUUUUUCAUCAUUUAUGGUAUUAUAUUUGUGUCAUAUUGGAGGAAAAAGACUUUCAAGUUUAUUUCAGGCCAUGGUUUCGCUUUUUAUAGUACAUUAGAAUGCUGAGGAACAUGGUAAAAAUGACUAGGAUCAACAAAAUCAAAGGAUAUGGAUGUUUUGGGAACAAAAAAAAACAUAGAAAAAGCUCAAAUUUAUCAUUAACAACACAAUCUUUUACCAUUUUGCCCAGGAGAUAAAAUGAUGCAAAAAUUGACUAAAACAGCUCAAAAAUUGCAAAACAAAUUUGACUAAAACGUCUUGAAAAUUGCCCAAAAUUAUGCAAAAAUUGACCAAAACUUCUCGAAAAUGACCCAAAAAGUGACUAAAUGUCUUGUAACUUGUCCAGAAUGUCACACAAAUUGACAAAAACAUCUUUAAAAGGACACAAAAAGAGACUAAAGUGUCUUGAAACUUGCCCAAAAUGACAUGAAGUGAUACAAAAAUGGACCAAAACGCCUUGAAACUUGCCCAAAAUUAUGCAAAAAUUGACUAAAACAUCUUGAAAAUUGCACAAAAAGAGACUAAAAUGUCUUGAAACAUGCCCAAAAUGAUGAAAAAAUGUAUCAAAACAUCUCGAAAAUGACACGAGACCAAAAUUUCUUGAAACUUGCCCCAAAUUACACAAAUGUGCCCAAAAUUACACAAAAUUGACAAAAAUAUCUUGAAAAUUACCCUAAAGAGAGAUUAAUAUAUCUUGAAACUUGCCCAAAAUGAUGCAAAAAAAUGAAUAAAACAUCUCGAAAAUGACACAAAAAGAGACUAAAAUGUCUUAAAACUUGUCCAGAAUGUCACAAAAAGUGCCCGAAAUGACAAAAUGAUGGAAAAAUUGACUGAAAUGUAUCGAAAAUGGCCAAAAAACUGACUAAAUGUCUUGAAACUUGCCUGGAAUGCCAAACGUUGCCCAAAAUGGGUAAAAUAUCACAAAAAUUGACUAAGCAUCUUGAAAAUGACAAGAAGAGUAGCCCCUUCUUGUCAGUAUCUUGAAACUUGCCCAAAAUGACACAGUUCUGAUUAAACUCAUGGGUUUAACCUCGUUGAGGUGAAUCAAACGUGCUGAAAUAAACUCUGGAAACUUUCCCGUGAUCGUCUCAAAGCUUCACUAAGUCUUUACAUAGCAGCUCCAGUCUGUCCGGUGCCUCGAGAACCAACACUAUCACAAUAAAAGUUCCACUAAAGCUGCUGCUUUCACCUUCAUCUGGUCUGUCUGAUUUCACUUUUAAACCCUCACAGCCUUGUUUUUUUGUUUGUCUACACAUUUGACACUAUGAAAGAGUUCAGCUGUAAACUUUGAGGCUUUGUUAACAAUCAAUUCGUAGAGGAAAUAGAACAUUAAUCUGUCUUUAAAUCUGAUUUUUCUUAGUACGAGGAAGUUCGGUGAGAUUAUUCCAGGACCAACUGCAAAGAAAACUCAAAUAUUCCCACCUCUGCUGACAAAAUGCCUCGUUUUUUUUGUUGCUUUUACAUAAAUUAAGACGUAAAAGCGCCACAAAUGAAGCCUUUGAGGAAAUGUGGUGCUUCAGGUCGCUGAAGUCUUUGUCAGAGCUGUGAUUCUCUCAAUGUACAUAAAUGAGCCAAAUCUUCUUGGAAAUGUAUAUAAUCUUUACUGUUUUUGUUUUAAUAUAUAUAUAAUUUCAAAGUGAUGAAUGGAGGUUGGUUCGACCACAGCCAACGAGUGACUUGGUUAUUGUUCACAUUUGUUGUACCGUUAAGUUUCAUUUGGGGUUUUUAUACACUCUGAUUAAAGUACUUUUCCUCUGUUAAA